AUGGACUUACUCCACGAGAGUCCGGGGGCGGAGAAAAGCGUGCGGGUUUUCUGGAGCUCGCACCUGACCCCAGGCCAUGAGGCCGCGAGGCAGAAGUGGCUGUCGCCAGUGCUGGAGUCGGAUGCCGCGAGCGAGAUCAAAUUUUCGCUGCCACCCUUCAACAACGCAGGCAGACUGGAGUUCCCCACAAAGGUGCAGAGGAUCAAUGCCCCGGCAUUCGGCCCGAACAUCAGCAACGCGGUGUUGAACAUGUACAAGUCUCCCGAGAUGAAGAGUCUUGCGGACCGCCUGAAUGUUCACGUGCCUCCCAACACUCUCAAUAAGUUUAUCCAGGGUAAGAUGUCGAAGGUGCACGACAUGAUAAGACACUGCCGGGAGACCUCGGAGAUCGCGGAUAGCAGCGCGGCUGCGACACAGAGGUUGUCACAGUUCGUGGAGGAGUUUGAGGCGCUCGAUGGGGCAUCGAUCAGCAGCAUGAGCGAUUGGGAUGCGUUCGUCGACAGGCACGUCGCUCCUGGAUGGAAGGCCAGAAUGCAUUUCGACCACCUUCUCGGCAACUUCGGGUUUGAGAAAGAGGUUGCAGACACAGUCCGGAGGGCGACUUUCACAAGGGAAGACGGUGAGACAGUCACCUUCGAGGCGCAUGCGUGCAGGUGGCUGGGAAAGGCGCUGGGUGCCUAUGGUCCCGAGGGGUGUCUUGUCGAUGUCGUGAACCUGGUCUUCGCUAUGACUAGUGAGGACCCAGAAGGCCUCAGCGACGUCGAUAUCGCCGACAGGAUUGACGCGUUCUACAGGCGAGUGGACGCCAAGGAUACCGCAACCCUGGAUCCCAACGCACUUCUUCAUGGACGCGGAGCUCGAUGACUGCCUUGCCUGGGUCCUGCUCGAGCGCGUGCUGGAUGGCCUGGAGCCGCGGCUGAGCGUGCUCAUUCAGCUCCCGGCCUGUGGGGCGUUCGACGCGGUUGCGAAGCUCUGGGAGGGCAGGCCUGGCUGCGAGAUAUGGCGCGACCCCGACUCGCGCAACGCGGGCCCGUUGAGCAGCCUAUUCCUCAAUAGCAAGGACACGGACAACGGCAAGGGCAAGGACGCAGGCUCCAAGGGCAAGGGGAAGAGCAAGCCUUCGAAGAGUGAUUCCUGGGACUACCCGCCCUCGUCGUAGAAGGGCAAGAAGGGGUCCAUCAAGAGCAAAGGCAAGUCCUAGACUUCUAUGGGUACGACAACCUACAGCUCGCACGACAAAUUAAUCCCACAGGUUAUGGAAUGGUUCCAGUGGGCUAUGGGACGGCUGCCACGAGAGUGAUCAAAUUCGUGCCACUUGGGGGCUAUCGGAGGUCCGAGGAUUUGAUACACUAGUCACGCUCUUCUGAUACUGGCUUUUGCAGCGUGUUUCACAUAUUUGGUGUAUCCGAGUGUGUCGCUCCACUGGAGACUCGUGCUGUGGUCUGACGUCCAUCUCGGUCCAGCUGUGGAUCCCUCACUGUUGCCUGCCUUCCUCCUGGAUUUCUCUGUACGCCUGCCCGCGAGGGCUAACUGUGCGAGUGCCGCUGGUAAAGCCAAAUUGGUGUACGCACUCACGGGUUCCUUUUGUUGGCAUCCUUUUUCUGUACAGUUGUCUUGCCAUUAUUGCAGGCACCGUGCUGACCUGUUGUCAGAGCGAGAAUUACCUACCCCGCUUUCGCUUCCAGGCAAAAGCAAGUCAUACCACGCGCCUCCUCGUCAAGCGGCCUGACCAGUACAGGCCGCAGUUUGGCAUCGCCUGGUACCUCUUGGAAGCGAGGGCGGUCAAAAGCGAGGUAGGUCUGCUUGCCCCCUAUGCUGUCGUCGCUGCGACAGCGUGCGACGUGGCGCCACCGGCCCGCUUGCCACACGCUGUUCCCCAACCCCGGGGAUCGCGUGCACUGCAGAACA